AUGGGGGUAAACUGUCAACCCAUGUGUAGAAGCUGCAGAUGUGGGAAAUGCCCCAGGGGAGCGAACAACUUCACAUUACAAGAGGAACGUGAACUAAAGUUAAUUGAGGGUAAUCUGAUAUAUGCUGAAGGCAGAUGGACAGCACGCUAUCCUGGGAUCAAGGAUCCACGAGAUCUACCGGACAAUAGAGAAAUCAAAGAUAAGGAGUUAAAGGAAUAUAAGGGAGCAGUGCAUUACAUUGCACAUCAUGGUGUUGAAAAACCAGAGAAUACCAGCACUCCGCUGCGAAUUGUAUUCAAUAGCAGCGCUGCAUACAAAGGUCACAUCUUGAACGAGUACUGGGCCAAGGGACCUGAUCUUGUAAAUAACUUGUUAGCCAUUAGAUUCAGGGAAAGGAACCAUGCACUAGUAGGAGACAUUAAAAAGAUGUACCAUAGUGUAGCCAUCACACAAUUAGAUCAGCACUGUCACAGAUUUUUAUGGAGAGGGAUGGACACAGACAAUCCACCAAAGUCGUACUGUGUGACAGCAGUAAAUUUCGGGAACCGCCCAUCUGCUACCAUUGCAACAGUGGCACUGAGGAAAACAGCAGAAGCAGGCAGCAAGUCAGCACCAUCAGCUGCUGAGACGAUGUUGAAGAAUGUGUACGUAGACGAUAUUCUUGAGUGUGAAGAUUCAGGCAAAGCAGCGAGAGAACGAGCUGAGCAAAUAGAGGAGCUAAUUAAGCCAGGAAAUUUUGCUGUUAAGAAGUGGGUAUUUUCAGGAGUCAGUUGUAAAGAGGAGAUGUGGAUGCCUAAAGAAAAAAGUAAAAUUAACUCUGUGUAUGACCCAUUGGGACUAGUUACGCCAGUGACGGUGAGGGCUAAGAUUCUCCUUCGCAGACUGUGGGGAUUAAAGCUAGAUUGGGAUGAGCCCAUAAGUGAGAAAGAGAAAGUAGAAUGGAAGCGGUUAUUUGAAGAUUUGAGCACUGCAUCAGGGCAUGAGUUUAAAAAAUGUGUGAGAACACUGGAAGCGAAACCUGGAAUACCACCAACGUUAGUGAUGUUUUCAGAUGCGUCGGAGCAAGCACUAGGUGCAGUAGCAUAUGUAACAUAUGAACUGUGGAAUGAAAAAUUUGCAUCACAAAUCAUUGCAAGUAAAAGCAGAGUUGCACCAAAUGAGAUCGUCAGCAUAGUAAGGCUAGAGUUAAGUGCAGCCGUGUUGAGUAAGAGAUUGGCUCAAUACACCAGAAAGGAGAUGAGGUUAGAAUUCGGCAGGGUGAUCUACUUGGUUGAUAGUGAAAUAGUGCGAGCGAUGAUUGAAAAGCAAAGCUAUGGUUUCAAAACCUUUGCGGCAACGAGGAUUGGCGAGAUCCAACAAGACACUCAACUUCAUGAAUGGUGGUGGUGCAAAGGAGAGAUCAACAUUGCUGAUGCAAUCGCCAGGGGUAAGAGUACAAAGGAAAUCGGACCCAACAGUAGCUGGCAGUGCGGGUCAGAAUUUCUAAAAUGGCCAAUUGAGCAAUGGCCCAUUGCACAAAAAUGUAGUGAGAAGAAUUUACCAGAGAGAGUAAAAGUGGUGAUGGUUGUUGAUGUCCAGGAAGAGGAUUCCCUAGCUGACAAAAUAAAUGCUAACAGACAUAGCAGCUAUCAAAAGCUAUUGAGAGUGACUGCUAGGAUUCUUCGGAUGUAUGAGAAGAAGAGGUUGAGCAGCGUAGCAGAUGAGAUCACUGCAGAGGAUUUGAAAAGGGCAGAAAUAUUUUGGGUGAAGGAAUCCCAGAAAACAAUGGUUAAACUGCUAAAAGAAGACAGGGCUCAAUUUGAUAAGAGAUGCUCGAUUGGGCCCCAGAAUCCGUGA